AUGGCAGGAACAAUAACGAAGAAUAUGUCAGCUUCAACUUCGUCACUCAAUAAUUCCUUUUCAGCCAUGGUUAUGGACGAAUUGCUUUCUGAGGCACAAGUCAUCGCUUGGAGCUGUGCACUUGCGUCAGAAGCUGUAGUUAUUGUCCUGGGAAACUUGCUCACAAUUGUUCUCUUCACAUUUAACAGGAAGCUGCGAAAUAAGAAAAGGUUAUAUCUUGUUAUAAAUAUGGCGUUUGCUGAUCUGGUGUUGGGAGGUGCAAGUCUCCCUUUAUUUGUUUAUUUAAUAACGGCGACUCGCAGUAGGUUAUAUUUUUCAGCAUUUCCAACAUUUGUUAAAAUUAUUUUUACGGUUUCCUCGAUGGCCUCGUUCACUACCGCUGCUUUGAUAUCUGCUGAAAGAUUUUACGCCAUUUUUUGGCCGCUGAAGCACCGAACAAUCUCCAGGCGAGCAUACAAGCUUGUUAUUUUGAUGGCUUGGACAUUGGCUACCUUAUUUUCUACGGCUUAUAUAUUGCUUUUCCGCUUGAGUCUAGGAGCUUUUUACGCAUUCGCUACUUUAUACGGCUUGUUACUAAUUGUGACUAUUUGCGGCCUCAACAUCGUUAUUUGGAGAAAGAUCCAGCAAAAAUCUGUUUCUUGUCACCAAAACAGAGACAUGCAACUCCAGCGUUUAACGAAAGCCCUGUCAUUAGUAUCUGUUGGUACUUUGAGUUCUUGGAUUCCCGCGAUUAUUAUUAGUUUUUUAAGAUUUUUCGGUCAAAACAUAUCUUCAAACAUUUUCCUUUUCACUUAUUUUAUAUAUUCUUCCAGUUCUUUUAUCAAUCCAAUGGUGUACGCUUUAAGAAUUCCUGAGUUUAGGCAAGGUUUGCAUUUGUUCUGUUUUAGAAGUCAGGAAAAUAGUAAUAUAGGAAGA